GGAGAAGGAUAUCAAAAGGAGGAGGAGGAGAAGGAAAUGACGACAAUGGCGAGGACAAGCGCUGGCCUCGCGGCGGAUCGAUUCUAUUCGGCGGCUGUUUACGCUGGAUUCGACGGAUCUUACAAUUCCGACAACAACGAGAUCAGUUCCAGGUUCUCAAACGAUGUCGCUUUGAUCCUCUACGCAUUAUACCAGCAGUCUACUAUAGGUCCUUGUAAUGCUCCGAAACCAAGCUCGUGGAAUCCUGUCGAACAGAGUAAAUGGAAAAGCUGGCAGCAGCUUGGUAACAUGACUACUACAGAAGCUAUGCGUCUCUUUGUGAAAAUAUUGGAGGAAGAAGAUCCAGGAUGGUAUUCAAGGGUUUCUAACUCUGUUUUGGAGCCUGUUGUAGAUGUAAAAAUGAAUCAUUACUCAAAUGUUGAGCGUAUCACUGAGAAUGAGAAUUCUUUUGCCGAGGCAAAGAAUGUUUCUGCUGAAAAUGGUAGCCUGAUAGAAACUCAGGACAAAGAUGUUGUAUCGGAAGGCCUUGGUUCGGUUGACAUAUAUGAUCUGUGGAUUUCACCUCCAAUAAGUGGCCAACGUCCCAAAGCUCGAUAUCAACAUGGAGCAGCAGUUGUGCAGGACAAGAUGUAUAUAUAUGGUGGAAACCACAAUGGCCGUUACCUCGAUGACCUUCAUGUUCUAGAUUUUCGAAGUUGGACUUGGUCUAAGGUUGAUGCGAAGGUUGGACCUCAGUCAGAGAAAUCACCAUCUCCAAAAAACAUAGCCCCGUGUGCUGGCCAUUCAUUGAUAGCAUGGGAGAACAAGCUUCUUUCAAUUGCCGGCCAUAUGAAAAAUCCGUCUGAAACUAUUCAGGUGAAGGCAUUUGAUCUUGAAACAGGUACAUGGUCAAUCUUAAAGACCAAUGGCAAAGCACCGAUCUCUCGUGGAGGUCAAUCUGUGACCCUUGUUGGAACCACCUUGGUUAUAUUCGGUGGACAGGAUGCAAACCAAACGCUCUUGAAUGAUCUAUAUAUACUUGACCUAGAAACCAUGACCUGGGAUGAAAUUGAUGCUGCUGGGGUACCUCCAUCACCAAGAUCCGAUCAUGCUGUGGCAGUAAACGCAGAGCGCUACCUUUUCGUUUUUGGCGGGAGUUCAAAUGCUACUUUCUUCAAUGAUUUGCAUGUCCUUGACUUGCAAAGUAUGGAAUGGUCAAAACCGGCACAACAGGGUGUGUUACCAACACCUAGAGCUGGUCAUGCGUGUGUGACUGUUGGGGAGAACUGGUUUAUUGCUGGUGGUGGAGACAAUCAAAGCGGAGCGUCAGAAACUAUAGCCCUUAACAUGUCUUCGCUUGUUUGGUCCGUUGUGACAUCAGUUCAAGGAUCUGUUCCUCUUGCCAGUGAGGGGUUGAGUCUGGUUGUUGGCUCCUUCAACGGUGAGGAUAUACUCGUAUCGUUUGGAGGAUAUAACGGUCGCUACAACAGUGAGGUUAAUGUUCUCAAGCCAAGUCGCAAGUGGACCUUACAAUCGAAUAUAACGGUGGUUCCUGUCCAUGAAAGUGCUUCUGCCGUGCGUAACGCUGCGAAUCCUACCAGAGAUCCACAGUCUGAGUUUGAAACUGGUCAAGACAGAAAAGUACGAGAAAUCGUCAUGGAUAACAUAGACUCAAAGCCCACAAAAUCCGAACGCGAGAAGACUAACGAGCUCAUUAUAGCGACACUCAAGGCCGAAAAGGAAGAACUGGAAUCAUCACUCAACGAGGAGAAGUUACAGUCUCUCCAGCUAAAGCAACAACUAAGGGAAGUCGAAACUCGAAACCUGGAAUUAUACAAGGAGCUCCAAUCCGUACGUGCUCAACUCGCUGCCGAGCAGUCAAGAUGCUUCAAAUUAGAGGUCGACGUUGCGGAGCUCCGACAGAAGCUUCAGACGAUGGAAACAAUAGAGAAAGAAUUCGAACUCCUGCAAAGACAGAAAGCCACAUCCGAACAAGCUACCUUAAAUGCAAAGCAGAGGCAGGGCUCGGGUGGCGUUUGGGGUUGGCUCGCCGGUAACCCAGAGGAAUAUACCGCCGUCGACGACAACGCCUGAUAAUACAUGGGAAAAUACUAACUAAAUACUUGAUCUCUUGAUUUUUUUUUUCCUUCUCAUUAAUCGAUUUUUUUGGUCAAAAAUUAUUUUCUCUAUUUACCCUAUUCUUUAUGUGAUGGGAAUAAGAUGUCUAAUUAGUUUUUGUUGUUUCACAUGUUUGUCAACUUUUGUACUUAUUUCUUUUACUUACAAUU